AUGUCACAGGGAUCACCCGCCCACUCCCCAUCAAACCCAUACCCUGCCCCAAACGAACCCACUAAAUCCUAUGCAACCUCCAAAACCCUCCCCCUCCAACGCACUAAGACGCCCCAGACAGCUGCGCAACACCGCGACCAGGGAAGCCUCCUACCUGCACCCACCACCGCACCUCGCGGCACCAUACCUUACCGCGCCAUCGCAGGGCCCCGCCAAUCCCCCCCAGACGCCGCCUCCGACCCUCACAACAAACCUCCCUAUCCGCGAGCCAACUCGCAUGAAACCCGCCCCUCCGCCGGACCAAUCCCGCCACAACCACCGCGGAACCGGCCCCACCACAGCCAUAAGCCCACCCGAUUCCCCCAUCGACUCCGCUCCCAACCCCACCCCAGUCAAAAAAAACACCAACCUAGACCCAUCCACGCGAGACGGGACCAUAAUACAGACACCUAG